CUUCUCUGGCUCCGGCUCGGCUUUUCCCCCGCCCCACCCCAACCCAGUUAGCGUGCUAUUAUUAUUCAUUCCCCAACACCAAAAUAAACCCCCCCGUCUCUGCCCUGCCAGCCAUUUUCGCCUACACAGACACACUUGAGCCUGCCUGCCUAUUUCGUCAAUUUAUCGACGAUACCAUAGCUUGGAUUCAUUCAUUGCUGGGCUGGGUUUCAUUUGUUGCUGCCGGCACUGGUGGUGGUGGUGGUGGUAUUUGUAAUAACUGAACAAUUGAAAUUUUUAGGGCUGGGAUCUUGCCCCUUUCUACGAAUGCUCCGUCAUUUUGUUUCGGGCAAGAUUUGGAUUUUGGAAAUUCGAAGGCUUUUUGGUUUAGUUGGUGGUGGUUUUGGACUUUUGGAAUAAUUUCUUCGAUCCGAUUCUUCUUUCGAAAGCAAAUUUCUUCUUUUGCUUCGGCUUUUCGAGGAAAGUUUGCUGCUGGAUUUUGGACCUGAUUUUUUCGGCAAAGGAACCGGAAAUUCACUUUGACGAAUUGAAUCGGAAAUUUCUUGAUCGCUUCUUUACAGUUUAGGGUUUGAUUUUCAAUUGACUCACUGAUGGUGGAUUUUGUCUAGGGUUUUGGAAUCGGGAGGGAUCGGAUUGCUGAUGGUUGUGUAUGCACUGUUUCAGUUAGGGUUUUGAUCAGAAUUGAGGCGUUCAAUUGGGAGCUUCCAAGUUUUUAAGUGCUUUGCUGUUUACAGUUCUACUUCUAUAGAUUGUAAAAUCCUAUGUGGUGGUGACUUUGAACCCAACAAGUUCAAGAACUCAUCUUAGGUGCAAGCAUUGGCACUGUGCGGAGCAGUUGGUUAUGGAAGAGGAUUGCUCACAAAAGUGUACUUGAAUGAGACAAAAAUAAAAAUCCAAGCUUCUUGAAUUUCCAAAGAAAUGGGUGGCGGUGGGUUUCGGAUGUUUAUAUAUUCAGCUGAGGGAAUGGUUAGGGGUUUAUUUUUGGAGAUAAGUUGGGGGCUGUGAUUGUAAUGAUCAUUUAGUGCCUCAAAAGGAUCCAGUUGGAUUGACUGUUUGCCCUCAGUUUAUUUUCUCAAGAGCUAUAAAUAUCUGCGUUCUGCUUCCGUAAUUAGUUUCCGACUUACAAUCAGUUACUGUGGGGCCUACAAUUGCAGCAGUGAUUGGAUAUAUAUCUAAUUUGUUUUGCUGUAAAAGUUGCAACGUGUUUUAGCUUAAGCUGGGGACACAUUGUUGGGUUCAGUAUAUAUUUGGAGUGACAGGUGAGUGUGGGGAAGUGCAGUUUGGGUAUGCUAAUCAAUGGAACAACAAGCAUGUUCUGGAAAUCAGUGCAGGAUCUUGGCAUGGAUGGAAAUAUAAUUGCUACUAUGUCGCUGUUUUCCUGGGAAAGUAAUCCAGGAAUAUCAGUUUCUUAAUUAUUGUCUUCUUUCGCUGUGUGCACGUGGAAGUGUGCAAUGUCUCGCUGUUUUCCAUUUCCGCCUCCAGGAUAUGAAAGAAAGCAUACACCAGAAGAUUUAAACUUAUUGAAAGAGGCGAAGCGCAAAGAGAAAAAGCACAAAAAGGAAAAGAAGGACAAGGAAAGGAAGAAGGAUAAAGAAAAGGAGAAAGAAGGAGGCAAUGAGAAACACAGGGAGAAGAAAAAACAGCAGGAAAAACAUAAGGACAGGAAGGAUAAGCACAAGGACAAGAAGAAGGCCAAUGAGGAUCGAGGAAAAGAAAAGGAGAAAAGCAGCAUUUCUGAGGAGGCAGCAGUUUCGGGAAAAGUUGACGAACAGAGUGAAGGGAAGCUUCUUUGGAAUGAUCACAGCAAAAAUAGCAAUUUGGUCCUCUCUCAGAGCCAAAAUGGUGGGAAGCCUUUAUGGAGCAGCCCUUCAACCCAGAGAACCGACACUUCAAGAUUUGUGCAGGAACCAGAUAAGAGGAACAGAGAUGAGAAGAGAGGUAAAGGGAGCCAGUUUUUGGAUAAAGUUGAACCCAUGGGCAGAAAGGAUCAAGAGACAACAGCCAGGAAUUCUUCAGUUGUACGGACUGAAGAAACAGCUGAUUUAAAAAUUAAGAGAGUCGAUCGGAAAAUAGAUCCUCAAGGCCCAGGACUAGUGACUGAGAAUGUUAACGUUUUGUCACAAAGUAAGCUUGAACGGAUCUCAAGACCAAUGGAACAGAAAAAUUGCAGGGGGUUGCAAGAUAAAGAGAAAUACAAGGAAGUAUGCAACAUUACUCCGGGGCACAAGCAGAAAGAUAAAGAAAACCAUGGGAAGGAAAAGGACAAGGAGAAGGAGAGAAGAAUGAAAGAUGCAGAAAAUUUGAAAGACGAAAAUAAGAAAACUGCGCACAGCCUGCUUGAAGAUGAUGCGAGGAACAAUCCUGAUGGAGCUAUCAGCAAUGCAGGCCCAUGCCCUGGUUUGUUCAACAAUACUGCAGUUCAUGAAGCGUACAUCAGAAAAAGAAAAGAUAUGGAUACAAACGGUCUAAUGCACGAUAACGAAAUCAGGCCACAUAAAAUUCAGAAGCCAGCUCCAGCUCCAGCUCCUCAUCAGUCGGUAGAGAAUGGAAGGAAACUCAAAGGUUACCAAACUCCCUGUAAACUGCCUCCUGACAAGCAUGUCAUCCACAACAACAUUCAAGUGGAUAAAAGGGACCAAUUGGCUAAUGGCAUCGUCGAAGCCCAUAGACCAUCUCCAUCCAAACAAAAUUCUUCAGCGGCAACAUUUGUCGGCAACCAUAGUGUUCAAGCUUCAAAACUGCCUCCUCAAGAUCCCAAAAAUUUAAACAAGGCAAGGAAGAUUCCAGAUUUAGAGGUUCUAAUUGGUGAAGCAUCAAAGCGGCCUCCCCAUCCUGAUUCUAAGUAUUUGAGCGAUGCACUAAGCGUACCCAAGAUGGAAGAAUGGUCCGAAAUUGAUGAGCAGGACUGGCUGUUCAACAUGAAAGAUCCUUCCAGUAGGGCAUCUGGGGAUAAUAAUAGGGAGGAUCCAUGUGUAUGGUCAGAAGCUGUACGUCUUGAAUCAGUGGACGUGUGCGCUUUGCCAUAUGUGAUUCCUUACUGACAACAUUAUUGGCCAUUAACCUGCUGCUGGGACAAAAUGCCUCCGAAAAAGGUCAGCCUAUGGUGGAGUCCGUGAAGGCAGGCAGGCAGGCGCUGAUCCAGAUAGUUGAUUCUAAUCAUAGAGCUGGUAAGAAGUGUCCGGUCUGGUCUGGUCCGACUAGCUGGUUCUGGUUCCUGUUCUGUCUAAUAUGGAUGGCUAUGCAGUAAGAGAUACGGUCCUGUGCCUAGCCGAGCCAAGAAGAUGAUGUGAAUGCUGCGGCCUGCGUAGACUAGAGUUGGUGAUGAUAUAUGGUGGAUGGAUGGUUAUGGCUUUUACAUUUAGCUCACAAUUUUGUCUCUGGGGUUUUUUUUCUUUUUUUUUUUUUUUUU